GUUGCGAAUUUUGUGUACUUUACAGGGAUGUUUCCGGAGAUUAUCGGAAUCGAUGGAAGCUUAGUUUAGGAGCUUCCUGACCAAAUUUCAGCUCAUCCUAUCGAGCCGUUCCCCUUCAAAUUACAUUCCCAUUCCUACAGUUUCAGAUCUUUCCCUGAUCGGCCACGCUCACGCCACGCCUACAUAUAGACUGGGGCACGAGGAAUACACGUCCAGUACAUAGAAGUCCAACCCUCCUGCUGAAGGCCUAUACCAUCACUACUCGAAAUCGAACGUCCCUCCAACUCUAGGUCCUCUACAAAAAUUUCAUUUGAAUAUGAGGAAAUUUGAUCUUUGGAAAACCAAAGUGAGUAAAGUGGGAGACGUCCAUUUCGCCGAUGUAAUAGAAGGCGACAUUAUUGUCCCCGUGUUCGGCCCUACAGGCGUUGGAAAGAGCUCGUUCAUUAACUCCUACUUCGGCCAGGACAAGGCACAAGUGGGUCACGAUCUUAAAUCGUGCACUGCGACACUCCAGCCUUUUAUCAACGAUCUCCCGCCAGAUGAGUCCGGGAAGCCCAGGCGCCUUGUCCUUGUCGACACACCAGGGUUUGAUGACACCAAUGAAGCGGAUUCAGAAAUUUUGAGGCGAAUUGCAGUGUGGUUGGCAUCGUCUUAUGGUCCAGGGAAGACAUGUGGCGGUCUCAUUUACCUCCAUGAUCUCACCGAUGCGCGCAUGCGAGGCUCGACUCUUCAGAAUCUCAAAGUAUUUGAGAAGCUUUGUGGGAAGAAAAACCUUGGAGCCGUCGUUUUCGGGACCACGAAAGCUGGUAAACUUACCCCUGAAGCAUAUAGAAGACGUGAGAAGCAGAUGUCCGACGUGUACUGGAAGGACUUCAAGAGGAAAGGAGCAAUAGUUUUCAACCUCCGUCCUUCGCACGAGUCGGCAAAGCAAUUAGUUCAAACAGUCCUUGACAGAGUACAGGAGGAUGAGCGCGUCUUGCUCAUUCAAACCGAACUAGUUGACCUCGCUAAGAUACUUCCGGAGACCAAGGCGGGGAAAGAGCUAAAGUGUACCUUGGAGGAGAUCAUGGAGCACCAGAAGAAAGCCCUUGCUGGUGAUAACCUCACUGCAGAGCAAAUCGCAAAGCACGAACAAAAAAUUGCGGCGCUCGCCCCGCAAAUCAAAGAGUUGAAACUUUCGUUCUCGCAACGUCUUUUGAAGCUCAUUGGGCUGGGUUGA